CACAUGUCAUGUGUGUUUAUCCCACAAACCACAGUUAUGCCGAGAAAUGACGACACAUCCUCUCGAGUGAUCAGGAUCCGUCCCCGGCUAUAAUGCCGGGGACGCGUAUUUAUAGUAACAGGUGUAGUGCCAUUUGCAUAGCUCUCCUCCUAGCUCCUACCUGUGCAUUUCAGCGUUGCAACAACAUCUCUUCCUACUUUUGCUACCAAGCUAUAGCCAACAAAGUAAGGUAGGCGCCAUGGGAGGCCCCGGAGCUAGUAGCACCAUGUCGUUCGAGCAAGCGUUCCUCAAGAACCUCCUCCUGAGCCUCCAAGACUGCUCGACGACGAAGCCCCUGGACGCCAUGAGCCUCCACGAGAGGAAGCGAGCCGUCAAGUCCUCCGCCGACUUCGCCAUGGCCACGGCGCGCGGCGGCGGCGCGCGGUGGCCCAAGGCCAUCGUCUUGCAGCAGCAGCCGGCGUCGACGACGGCCAGGGCGCGGCGGUGCGGGAGGAUCGUGAGGCGGUGCUGCGGCCGGAAGACGAGAUCAGGUGCAGGUGGUGGUGGUGAGAUGGCGAGGAGGCUGCAGGUGAGGAGGAGGGCCAUGGCGCUGCGGAAGGUGAUACCCGGAGGCGGCGACGCCAUGGACGAGGCGGCGCUGCUCCGCGAGGCCAUGGACUACGUCGUCCACCUCCGCGCGCAGGUCGACGUCCUCCGCCGCGUCUCGGAAGCCGUGCAGCUUCAGAGACGAUACACGUCGUCCACCUCUCUCCGGGAUUAUUCUUGGUCUAAAUGUGCCUUGAAAGGAGAGGAGGAUUCGAGCAUGAAUAUGAAGCGAUGAUGAAUUGAUUGUGCUCUCUUUCAGAAGAUUAGGGUUGUGCCAUUGCAGACGGACACUGGAAAUUAUGGUGACCAGGGAUGCAUCCCUCAAUUAUCUUGUACAAAAUGGUGAACAAUCGGUUGAUGGAUCAGGAUUUUAUCAUGUUCUUUGGGAGAUCAGUAAGGGGAUUGUAAGCUAGCUAUCUACUGUUGUAUUGGGAGGAUAGAAACAAUCUUGUAGAUCAUCAGAGAAAUUUCUGGGUGGGUGUCAUGUUUAAUUUUCCAGCAGUGACAUGUUGUCGACUGAUCUUUCCUAAAUCAUCCUUGCAUAUAUGGUCUAUGUUGCAUUUAUCGCCUUAUCGGAGGAUUUCCAGAAUCUCACUUAAUUACCAUGUAUAAUAAUAACUAAUGGCUAUAGUGUAUAAUAAUGUGUAAAAUUUA